UAGUUACCAGCCUCCAAAGAUGUUUGUUGCUGAUUGGCCCAUUGCAGUGCAUUGUGCCACCAGACCUUCGAUUGUUGGGGCAGCUGAUCCAGAAGAGCAACGGAAAAUUGCGGAGGGUGCAGAUGCAUUGCUUAAUCUUGCUGGGAUCACCACGCGCAAACGUUCCCAUUCAGGCGAAUUCACCAUGUCACCCCCUACAUCUGAAGAUGUCACACCCCCUCCAGUCCCCAAACGCACCAUCGCCACCCGAGGUCGUAAGCGUGGUAGCAGCGUAGCUACAAAUGGUAGUGCAGGCUCAACCCCCACACGACCGCGGGCACUGUGGCCUGCGUCGGGACGGGUUGGAAAGAGACGGGGAACUGGUGACAAUCGCCGUGGAGGUCCUGGCAGGCGAAGAGGAUCUGUCCACCACAACAACAACAACAGCAUACACCUGAAACCAGUGAAAACUUCAGUCUCGCCAUCUCUGCAAAGAAAUGAUCAUGAAUUGCGACGGCCUGUUCGUUCAGAAGAAAAAACUGGUCGGACCAGGAGGUAGAAAAGAUUAGGUUGGUUUACAGCAGAAUGAGAUCCUUUGAGAAAUAUUUUUCCUGUGUCCUGCUAUGAAGUAGUGAUACUAAUGUAUCUAGUGUGUGAUUUUAUGAGAGUUUUUCUUUAUCAACAUCUUGUUCUGGUUUUUGCUAUUUUAGAAUGGAAGAAUUUAUUUAAGUAGUUCAAUUGAAGUAUUCUGUAGGAGCCACUUUCUAUAUAGCCUUAAUGUCAUGUACCUAACUCUAAUAUUGUGAUAAAACUUGAUACAAGCUCAAAGAGGCUUUGAAAGAUCCGAAACAAAAUGUGAAAGUAUUUUGAUUUUAUAUUCCUUUCUAAUUUUCGUUUUUUGCUUGUAAUUUUUAUGGUACAGACAUUGUUCCAGUAUAUAUUGCUGAAGUGUGGCAUUUGUAACACAAUCAUUAUCAUAAUAUGUGCAUAUAAUAGUAAUAAUAAUAAUAUACAAUAGUGGUUUGCAAUAGAGAAUAUUCUCUUUGUGUGUUUUUUGACAAGAUUGUGUUUUUUGAUGCAAAAUGGCAAUAUUUUGUAUUGAAGACAGUGGAACAGUAAGGUCUUGAUGAUUUCUUAGAUAUCCUAUUAUGGUAGACAUAAAAUAAUUUGAAUAAUUGGAUGUAAAACUCCAUUUAAUGAGCUGCCCCAAUCACAAUUUCAUUUUCUUUUUUUCUUUCUUUUUUAAGACUUAAUGAGUAAGAUGGAGUUUAAAACACUACAAGUCUUCAAAAUCUCAAUCUGUUGUCAUUUGUAAUUAAAACUGAAAAAAAUUUACUAUUCUUAAAUUUUAAUUUGGCAUCAGUAGAAUAAUUUGGGUUUUGCAAAUAAAUAGUAUGAAAAAGAAGGCAGCAAUGAAAUUUUGAGUUUUAAGCUCAGUUAUGUAUUGGGCAUUUUUGUAAUCUAUUAAGCUUACAAUAUAGAUUCAGUGAAGCUUUUUAAAUUGCUUCCCUGAAAAUUUUAUGACAAACUGACAUAGAAGGCAAGUUUACAUAUCUCAUAGAUUGUGUUAAUAGCGACAAUCAGGUAAACACCAAAUGUUGAUGUUUAGACGACUCUUGAUGUUUGUUUUUCAGCUGAUAUUAAUAGUAUUGUUAUUUGUGUAUGUGCUGUAGGAAACAUAGCUGAUCAUAAGAUAAUUUUUGAAACUAUAAAUUUGCCAAUUGUACUUCAAUUAUAUAAAGGUCAUUUGAUCUAGGGGGCAGUCUUGAAAAUUAAUAUUGUUUUGAUACUGAAAGUAUUUCUGUAUCUGUUCAUUGAUAACACUUUAGUGUGUUAAUUUUGAAAUUCUUAUUCUAUAACUAGCCCUCGCUUACUAACUUGAGGUCUGUUUUAUGAAUUCAUUGUUGAUGUGGUCAGGAGUUUCCUAUAAAGUGUGUGUUUUCAGAAACAUGACAUCAUUGCUUGUGUUUGUGAGUGCAAGUGAGAGAAACUUAGGUAUACCUCACUGUUGUUAGCAAGUCAUUCCUAAGUGCUUCUUGCAUCUGAUAAAUUUGUAAUACUUUGAUUUUAAGUGUCAAAAAAAAGGAAGUACAUGGAUCUAUUUGCUGAUCUGAGAUAUUUCCAGGAAUUCUGUAAUUUAAUGCAGUGCUUGGAGUAUGAGAUUUUACUGUUCCUACUGUGAAUUUUUGGGCCCAUAGAGAGAGCUUUUAUGAGUGCUUCUCAUGAUGUCUUUUCUGUUUCUGAAUAGUUUUUCUUUUUCUAUCACUCCCUCUGUCUCUCUUUUUCAAAUGAUGGUUAAGCAUUUAAUCAGCUCAUCAGAAAUCUUGCAUUUCACCUUUUUGUUGCUUUGUUUUUGCUUAUUUUCAUUUGAAGUGUAAAUGAUGUGGGUUGUGUUCCUUGAGAGUUGCCAACUUUAAACAAAAUAUGCUAUGUUUUUCACAUAAGAGUACAAAAAUAUUUUUCCUUUAAGUGGUCUUCCAAUGCUGUUAAUCUUUUGGGUAUAAUGUUGUAAGAUAUAUGUAGCUACUUGUAUGAAUAAUGUUUUACAGCUACAUGUAGUUACUAAAAAUGUAUGAAACUUCUGUGCCAAAACCUUUUCUAUUUUCAAACCAUGAUUAUUCAUUUUCCUCCAUACCACAUUGACCGGUAGCAAAACAAUGCAUAUUUGAUCUUCCUGAAAACAUUUAGUGGAAUAACUGAAUUCUCUGCUAAAUAUUUUCACAAUUUACAUAUUCCACUAGAAAUGUUGGCAGCUCUGUUUUGUUGUUUAGUUUUGCUUUUGGUUGGUGUUUGUCAAGUAUUGAAGCAAUAAAUUAUGUGUUGAUCUGCUUGAAUGAAGCCAGAAUAUUGGCAUCUAUUGUAUAUAAGAAACGUAUUACGUUCAAACGAGUAUCUGUACAUAAUUGAAGAGAUAUUUAUCAAAAUAUUGUAAAGACUGGUUCAACAGAAGUGUAAUAUUUUACAAUGUUUUAUAAAUAGAAAACAUUAAUUUAUCUAUGCAAAAUUUCAUUAUUCAUAAUUAGGAAAAAGGAUACGUUUCAUACUUGUAGAAUAGCUGUGGGGACAUGUGAUGCAGUGUACAGAUGUUUGUGACAAAAAGUAAGCUAAAGAACGUAUCCUAUCUUUCUGGAAAUAAAGAGAGUUUAAUUUAUCAUGGAAGUCCAUGAAGUUUUCAUGAACUAAUUAGAUGCAUAUUCUUUUUGAGAUGAAAAGAAGCAAAGGCUUCAGAUUAUUCUAAAUAUCAGUGUUCUUUCUAAGAGACUUUUCAAAAAUGCUUUUUGUAGCACUAUUUGACCAAAGAAUGUAGGUACUCUGACAGUGUUCUUCAAAGUAUUCAUUUUCCAUUCAUCGCUGACUCAAAUUGACUCUUGAGUAUAAUAGUUAAUGGAAAUAGUCAAAAAAUUGUUCUUUAAUCUAAUCAUUGAAAUUAUUUUCCAGCAUCUUUAUGAAUUUCUUUAUUUUUAAUAAUUGGUUGACAAAUGAAAAAGUGUGUGUUUUUGAAGAGGAAUUAUUUGGAUUGAGCUAAUGGCAAUGGGGCAAAUUAAAUUUAAUUGAAAAUAUACAGUUAAGUACAUAAGGGUUAUUUUUGGAAAACACUGAUGCAGAAAGUAUUUUUCUGCGUAAUUGAAGUUGGCUGUUGGGCUGAUGUAGCACAAGGAAUUGUAUUGAAUUGGAUACCUAGAACAAGUCUGUAAUGUAUUGUUGACAAUUGAUUCACAGCAGAGGUAUGUGCAAUGUUUAUCUCAGAAAUAUUCGAAGUAUUAAUUUCAGAAAGUAAUACUAAUUAAUAAUAUUAAGUAAAUGCUGUAAAAUGAAAUUUUUACAGUCAUUUGGAGAAAUAUCAUACUGGCAGUGUUGGUUUGUCCUGUAAGUAUUCAUAUAUUUUGAAUGUGAAAAGUUUGGUUAGUUAAAAAUAGAAGGAAUUAAUAGGAAACUAUUAUGCAUACAUUUAGCAAGAAGCCAGGAUUCAUUAAUAUAUGUGGAGAGGAUAUAUAUGCAAAAAUUUGUUUCUAUUGUCAAUAUUUCGCAUUCUCCAUUUUUAUUACAUACCUCUGCUGUGUAUGUGUAGUGUGUGAUCUUAAACUGUUCUGCUGCCUCUGAUUUAUUUUUAUUAUGACAGAAAGGUGUUGAACACAAGUCUGUGAAAGAUUGCAGAACAGUUUUAACUAAGAUAAAAGUGAUAAACUUGAGUUGUUUCUGCAUUUUGAACAAUAUAUAUUACACGGGUGAAAUAAUGAAUAUAAUAAUGAAAGGGGGGGGGGGGGGGGAGGAAUGGAAAAGUCAUACAAUUUUUCUCUAGGCAUAGUAUCUAAGGAAUGAAAAAAUUUGCAAUUCACAGAGCUUUUUGUUGUCAGUUCCAGAAGAAAUCAGCUGAUUUUGUCAUUACUUUAAAAAACAAAUUAUUUUCAUGGUCUUGAAAAUGACAAAAACAAAUUAUAAAUGUUUACAUUUUGUUGAUUUGAUCAUUAAAUUAUUGUAUAUAUAAAAUAUUAUGUAAAUCCAGAAUUUUUUUAACAACAAUCUGUAACAAUUGCUUUGAUCUUUUUGAAGCACACUCGAAUCACUUAAAUCGGAAAAUCAACAAGGGUUUUAAAUAUUUGAAAACUUAAAUAAUUAACUUUGGGGGGAUGGAGAGUGUUAAAUUUAAUAAUUUAGAUGAAAUUGAAAUUUUUAAUUGCCCAAAGUUGGAGAAUCUGAAUCUAAAUGUUUUGCAUGAUCUUCACUUGUUUGAUGAAGUUGAAAAUAGUUUUGUUAAUAAUAUUUUAUUGAAGAAACAUUGUAGAAAUGAAAAAAAUGGUUUCAAUAAGAUGAGAUUACCGGUAACUUACAGAGAUCUUCUCAAAAAUUCAAUUUGAUUUAAUGGAUUAAAGAUAAAUAUUUUCUUGGGAAGUGAUCGGAACACAAAACAAAAUUUUUAUUAUGUUUCAAAUUGGUGCAUUGUCAAUCUGAAUAUAAUUUUAUGUCCACUUCCUCUGAAAUUAAAAAGUUGAAGUUCUUGCUACAUUCCAUCCAAUUUCAAUUACCACCUAAUUGAGCAACAUAUUCUUGCAUCUAGUGCAUUUUUUUCAAACUUUUGUUCAUCACUUUUCUUUGGGUCUCUUCUUCUGACAGUGGCAGCAGCUGUUAUUGCUUCAUUACCAGGAGGCAUGCAGCACUGGGAAAACUUUUAUCUACAGUGCUUCUUUGAACUUUUUAUACAAACUAUUUUGUAUGAUGAAGAACAGAUAGAACUGUGUGUAGGAUUGCUAUCCAAAAAUGAUAGAAAUGUUGACAAUAAUGCUAUACAAUAUUUGUAUAUGUGUGUGGUUAUUCUUGGAAUAAAGUCUCUUAUGCCUAGUUUUUCUACCCCAAAGCUUUACUUCACGAGUCAACUAUUCAGCUCAUUUUAAGUUCAGAGGUUGCAUUUGUGAUUUCACAACAGAAAUAUUAAGAUGGUUAGUACAUGUUCAUUUUAUUCGUUCAGUUACGUUGGCAAUAAGAAAUUGGGAAUUUUGCUGAAAAAUAAAUCUGUAUUUUUUUGGAAUAAUUUGAGUGUUUUGUUCAAGAAAAUGAGUGUGCGGUUCAUAUAUUAGGUGUAGUACUUCAUUGAAGUUGUUCCUUUUCAAUUAAUCUUUUUUUUUAUGCACCCUCUUGUUUUUAGAUCUUUUACAUAGUUCAACCCCUGAGCUGUUAAUGGUUGAUUGCAGUGCUUUACUGUGCUAUGCAACCAGCAAUAACUAUUUUUUGCUUUUAAUCUCUUCUACAGAAGGACUUUCAUAAUAGCAACUUUUUGGCUUUAAAAGCCAACCUGCAAAUCUGUGCCUCUUGUUUUUUUUUUUAAUUGGUGACUGAUAUAGUGCAAGUUAAAAAACUAUUUUGCCUGUCUUAUUGUAACUUCUUAUCUUAUCCUACUGGUAUUGGAGCAAUACUAUCCUCAGUAGUCCUUCAUUCAAUAGAAAAGGAAAUUGAUUUUACUAAUUACACAGAUUUAAGUUUUAUAGAGAAUUAGCAAUUCAUACUGCCAUUCUAUCUACCAAACUAUUUUCCAUGUACAAAGAUUGUUUCAAUUAUAGAGCUUAAGCUUUGCAGUUUUGUCUGCUGUGCAGUUCAAGUGUGAAAUGUGAACCAACGGAAGUAUAUGCACAUAAACUUGGUGUGUUUUCAAUUUACAAGUUGAUCAUAAAUUUCAUACCUAUUAUAUGUAGUGAAAACAACAUAGUGCCAAUUUAUAAGUAUCAUAAAGUGUAAUUGCUCUAUGAAAGAAUUGAAAAUAGAAAUGAUAUUUAAAUAAGUUGUUGAAAAUGCUUAUUCAAAAGAAUAUUAUAUUUAAAUAUUUUAUUGUAUUUGUUUCGAACCACAUUCAAGAUUCUUGUUGUUGGUUUUAGGGGUAUAUCCCCAAAAUUGUUUCCUUGCAACUGUAAAUGUAUUCGUGUUAUUAAUUUAUUGCUUGUUUUUACUGAGUAAUACAAAUGUACUGUUAACGUUGUGUUCUUGUUGCAAGUAGAGGUUGGAAACACAUUGUUACUACCAAUAAAAUUUAUGCAUCACUAUUUUAUUUUCCUUCUUAUAAUAAGCUAUUUAAGAUCUACAGGUAAAAUUUUAACAAUUUGAGAUGUUAAGUAAAAUGUCUGUACUUUUUAUUGCUGUAAUAUUUUCCUCCGACCCAGAGAUUAAGCAAAUAUAUGAACCUAUUUUUUCUGUUAUAUUAGUAAAAAUCAGGAGGUACAAAAGGUUUUUGUGAAACCGCAAAUAGAGAAUUGCAAGAAAAUUACAUAUUUAUACAUAAGCUCUAUUGCUGUGUUUAUUCUUAUUAGCAAAGGGAAAUGGGGCGUUUGCACAGUGAUAAAUGUUAAUGAAAUUUCCUUACUAAAUAAGGCAUAGUGUUUAUUAUAAUAGAGACAAAAUACUCUUCAUAAGAAAUAUACAUAAAUUGUAGAUAAAGUAAAUAAUAGCCUAUGUAAAUUAGUUAUACAUAAAUUACAUAUACAAUAUGAUGUACAGUUAUAUAUUUCACAAACGUGUAUAUUUUUUCAAGACUUCCGUGAUACACAGCUCUUCCUAAGUAGGUAAUUCUGACGUUCAUAGCUAUGUAAAAAGUUUCUCCUCCUAACAAACAAAGUCUAAAGACAUAGCAGUUGAACUGAAAGUAGUGUCUCUCAUAUCUUAGUAAGGUUUAGCACCAAAUGUACUCGACUGUAAAGACUUCAUGUGAAGCUAAAGCAAUUCCAUACGGGUACACUUUACAUAACGGUUUAUACAAUACUUGUGAAGUAAAUGUUAAUUGUACUUCCAGUUUUUUGGUGUUGUUUAGCUUGAUAUUCAAAACAGCAGUGUUUUCUCCAAUUCUUCCUAAACUAAUGUUUGUAGUUGUUCAUGUUUUAGUAGCAGGUUUAAUGAUCUUAACAUAUUAAAAGUAGUAUUCCCCUGACAUGUAUAAUACUAGAUGUUCAAAAUUUCAAAUAAAAUUGAGAUAUUUGCAUUUUCUAAAGUAUGUGAAGUUGUGUUUAUGUAAUUAACUUGAUAUUUGGUUGAUUAUAUAUACAAACAUUGAAAAUAAAUGAUUUCAGAUUCAUUGCAUAUUUUCACUAGUUUUCUUAUUUGAAAAAAGUAUGUGUGCAACAUUAAUUAGUUUUAUUUCUCAUUGAGUUCAGAAAACUUGAACUUUUAGUGUUGAGAAUCAAAAGUAAAGAAUGUUUUAUACUGAUUUGUUUUUAAAAAAAAAUUAAAAAAGUAGCUCAGUGUUUCUUGUUGCUUCUUUUUUCUUAUUUGUAUUACAUUAUGUAAGUGUUUGGAUAUAAUUUUACUAAAUUAAAAUUAGGGAUAUGUAAAUUAGUCAGGACUUAAAAUAAUAUUUUGUGAAAGAAAAACAUGUUCUUUUACUGCUAUAUAUCAGAAUUAUACAAUUUUAUAUAUUUCACUAUCUUUGCUCUUAGUUUCAAGUGAUUAUAAAAAUAAGAAUUCAAAUGAUCUAUUUGCUAGUUAGUCCAUUUUUUGAAACCUGAGGAUUAUUAUAUAAAAUAUUUUUUGUGCAAAUAAAAAUUUAUUUCUGAUUAAGUUUGAGUUUGAUAAAAAUUCUCAAUGUGUACAAUAAACAUCUGUGAUACACUGUUAUAGAAUGUCUUAUUACAUUUUUAUAAAGUGUAAAAUUCUGACAGUAUUUCAUGUUAGUUCACUCUGAAACAUCAAUUGAAUCACCUUUGUACUUGUGUACAACAGUGAAGAAAUUACUAAACAUUUUAGAUAUGUGUCAUGUAUUAAAACAAUGCUGUCUGCAAUGAGAAAGAAUUUGCUUCUUUGAUUUGCAGUUUUCAUUUGUUGUUACAACUUCAAUACCAAAGUCAUUUUAUUUUGGUAGAGAAAUUUCUCUACCAAAACACAAUGUUUUGCAUUCCAUUUAAAUUUCAGAACAUGUCAAAUAGAAAAUUGUGAAUUUGUUGGUUCGACACUGUGCCAAAAUGUAGUAUUGAUUGAUUACACAAUUUACAAUUACAAAAGUUCAUGAAUGAAAGAAUGACACGAAUUCUUGGCUUUUUCGCCCAGUUUUUGUUAUUAGAUACUUUGGUAAGCAGUUCUAAUGUAAUUCUAGUAAGGCUUGGAAACUUUUCCUUCAGAAAUUUGUUAGGAAUUAUAUGUCAACAAUGAAUAUAUUUUUUACAGUUAUCUGUGAUUUUUAUAAAAUACUAUUUGUGAUUUGGAAGUCAAAUCGUCAUUGGGAAGUAGACAAAUGUGAGAAAGUGACAUAUUCCGGAGAAUUGUCUUGUGAGUGUUUUCCUCCAUACACUUGGUGCUAUGCCUUCUUAGAUGUGGUUAUUAGUGCUCUUUCUCUGUCACCUGUUCUUUCUGGUCUGGAAUUAUCAGCACUUGCAUGGUUUUAACACAAGAUAUGUAUGCCUUUUGGAAGUGCUAUAUGCCACAGCCAGUGUUUAAGACUUGUCAGAAAGAAUGGAACUUAAUUCUAAAGAACCAUUAUACAACAGCAAUAGAUAUGAGAACUGUGUUUGUCUUCUGUGUACUUCUGUACUUUUUUAAACCGUUAUGUCCACAUUUAUGAAAAUGCAGGUUACUUAGACUUGUAGCGUAGAGCAGUGGUUCUCAAAGUUUCUGGGGUUGUAGCUCAGAAAAUUCUCAUUUCAUAAAAUGUGAGUCUUAUUCCAAUAAAUGUAUUUGUAAUUAUUUUAUAUUUGAAGCUUGCAAAAUUGAUUAGUGUGCAAACAUGGUUAUUUAUGUUAAGCUGGAUUGUAGUGAAUAUAAAAUACUUUUAUCAAUUAUCAAACAAUGCUCUAAUUCUCAUCAAUGUUAAUUGGUGUUUUUUCCUUGAACUAAUUACUAUAAUUUAUCACAAUUUUUAUUGGCAUGUGUUUUGAAUCACAUUUUCAUAUUUUUUCUCUGAAAUUAUAUUCAUGAAAAUUUCAGUAAAAAUCAAGAGGAAGAAACACCAGUAAAAUUGCUAGCGGCAAGAAGGAAGUUACGCUGGGUUGUGACCCUGUAUUUGAGAACCACUGGUGUAGAAAAUAGGGUGAAGGGAACUUCUACUGUGCCAAAUUGUUGACAACUUGUUAGUUUUAAAAAUAUGAAUUAAAAAAUGUUCAAAAAAUAUAUUGGAUGAACUGAGGUAUAUUCCAGUUUGUUAAGACCUUUGUGUGUAGUUUCUAUAUCUAUAGAUUUACCUGGCACGGUUGACUGUUUCUUGAAAGGAAGAUAGGAAUUCAAGAAUAACACAGUUGAAAGUAUAUAAUUUAUGAUUUGGUUGCUGUGGUUCUGUUUUUAGCUACUUUGAGUUAGUGAAAAGUAAUAACUGCAGGGAACAUCUAUAGUUUCUGCUCAAAAUAUUGUUAUGUUUGAUUGUUGUCUAGUUUUGUGUAUUUUGUUUUACACUGCCUUGUUACAUCCAUCCUUAGAGUAAACUAUGAAUCAUCCAGAAUCUUCAGCAUGAAAGUUUUGGAGAAAAAUAGUGCCCAUCACUUUUUUUAUUUGUCCUCGUGUUCUUGUUCAUUGUAUAUUGAACAUCAGCAAAUCAAAAUUAAUUAAUUCAAGUUUUUGGUUUCCUUGCUUUAGCUGAAGAAUUUUUUUAGUGUGUCAAUUAUCUUUGUAAUACAAUAAACAUUUUUUGUCUACCCAUCUGUGUAUGGUUGCCUUUUGUACAAUUAUCUAGUUUUGAGGUAACUUUUUGUACCAAACUAUGUAAUUAAGUAGUUAUUUUCUGAACUUUGAAUGUCAUGAGAACAUUAAGUAAUGUGUUGUUUGAAAACCAAUGCUUCUUCACUGUUCUAUUAUUGAACUCAUAAAUUAUGUGUGGACCAAUUUAUCAGAAUGUAAGUUAUUGAAAAGGAGUUAUUGAAGUAAGCAAUAAUAUUGCUUACAGAAUUUAUGCAAUUACAAUACACUUGUUAUGCAAGCGCCACUACCAUUAUUGUAGUCUUGGUGUCUUAAUUUUGGUAUUAAAAAAGUUUGCACUGCCAAAUGAGAAGGUUCAUUUCAUUGCAUGCUUGCUUUAGCUUGUCAUGAAAUGUCUAAUAGAUUAAAAUACUUCUCUUGUUUUCAACUCUUGUUCUUUUACAGUGAAGAAGUUGUGAAGGGAAAGUAAACCAAAAUACACCAUUUUUUAAAUUAUUCGCCAACAUUUAUCUUCUUACUUGUUACUGAAGCAGAUGCUUCUGGCAAUGAGCAAUACAUUUGAUGUAAUAGUUUCAGAAAUUUAUGAAAAGUAAUACUGCUUUUAUUAUUCAAUUUUAAACACAUGGUAGAGCACAUUUCAUUCUUGUAGAUUCUAUUUAAGUCAUAUUGUUUCCUUAUUUAUAUGUAUUUUCCUUUUCUGAAAAUAAAUGUUUAAUCAGUGUAUUGUACUUAUAAAUUUAAUUCUAUCUCUGAGUUUGUACAGGUGUACAUAUCAUGAUACUCAGUUUCUGCAAAUGGUGAAUAAUAAAGAGAAAUUUUAAAGAUAC